AUGAGCGAUGGUUGGCGCCGCUCGAGGGCCCUGACUGCUCAAUACGAGAAGAGGCUUGGCGAGCAGCUCAAAGCAUCCGAGGAUAGACAUUCUGAGGAGCUUAAGAUGGCUGAGGUGAAAUACAUCGAGCGGCUCGAGGCAGCCGAGAAGAAAAAUGCUCAACUACUCGACCAGAAAGCCAAGCUAGCCGAAGAGCUGAAACAGCACCAGAAUGCCUUGACCAAAGCCAUCGAAAAUAAAGAGAAGUACAAGGAGGCUUCUUUGCUUAACUUCAAGGAAGCCUCUAAGCUCCAAGAUGAUCUGGUCAUCAGCAAAAAGGAGCCUGAGGGGUUGGAGGAACGCAUCAAAGAGCUCGAGGAGACAAAUGUCAGUAACCUAGAGAGAUACAAGGGAGCCACUUUUAAAUGCUUCUAUUCAUUCUGGAAGCAUAACCGCAAGGUGGACUUCAACUAUCUAUCAGAGCGUAUGAGGCAAUCUGAGAUAAACAAGUGUCUAGCUCGCCUUGAAAAGGAGGAGAGAGCAAAAGUUCCAGCAUCCCUCGAAAUCUCUUUGGCUACGGGCAUCGAUGGCGUAGAUGAGGAAAUUAGGGCCUCCGUCGACAAGAAAAUUCCUCAAGAUCCUCCUGCUUCAUAA